AUGGCAACCGACAUGUUCGGCGAUUCUUCACUUUUUGAAGAAUUUGAAAAAGACAGACUACCUGAAAGUUCCUACAUCAAAAAAGAAAGCGAAGAACCAGAAAACGACAAGGACAAAAGCUUUGUGUUUAAAGCGGAUGAUUUUGAAUCUGAUUCUGACAGUUCUUCGGAUUUUUCGGACAAUGAUGAACAACAACAACAUAAUAAUGAAAGGAAGGAAAGCAAUGUUGACUUUAUAUCAGAAGAUGCAAGGAUGGAUUUCAAUUCAACUGUUGAAGACACUACAGAUGUGAAUGGUACAGAUAAAAAUUCCACCCUAACCGGUAUUGCAGGAACAUCAGGAUCGUCCAUCAAAUGUGAAAACGAAAGUGUAUCAAAGUUGAAGAAGGAUUAUGAAAAAUGUAAGAGAUUUACAAAGCUGCUGGACUCCACCAGGCAUGUACCAUUGGGAGAAGGACCAGCUGUUCAAGUCAUCUACCAAAAUAAUGUUAUUGCUAGAAAGUAUAGGAAUCGGAUUGACCAGUACAUUGCCAUGUUGGUUCAAGAGGAAAAACAACAAAGGCCAGAGAGGUUACCAAGUUUACGGCUCAAGGCUGGAACAUUGUCCACUGCGGAUCUUAAUCCUGACCUGUCAUUAGAAGAUUCCAGGAAUGUUCACUUACGAUCAUCCCAUUCAAUCAUUGGCUGUAGCCAGAUGUAUGAUGAGUUUAUAUUGGACACCUUUGGAUGGCCCCUAGUGGAGCACAACCCUGCAUUGACUGAUGGCUGGGAAAUCCCCACUUAUGAACAGGUGUACAGACAGGUGUUCCCUGCUGAAGAGGAGGAUGACACCAAAGGCCCAAAUCAACGACCUUCCAGGCCCAAGGCAACAUGUUUUAACUGUGGAGAGGCGCACAUGUUAUCUGAAUGUCCUCAGCCAAAGGACCAGUCUCGGAUCCGUCAAAGAAGACGGGAGUUCCUUGAACAGAACAGCUCCCCGGGAUCUCUCUCCAAGGGGCUCAGCUCACAUAAUCGUUACCACAUUGAAGAUGACCCUCGUUUCGCAGACUUCAAAGCAGGCCAAGUGAGUGAGGGCUUGAGACAGGCCAUGGGUCUGAAACCACAACAGGUUCCACCAUAUAUUUACAAGAUGCGGUUGCUAGGUUACCCGCCAGGAUGGAGGCAGGAUUUGGAGGAGCACACAUCAGGAAUAUCCAUGUUUGACAAGCAUGGCAAUGAGGUGAAUUUGAAUGGAGAGUCACUUGAGGAUGGGGAGAUGGGACCAGAGGCCCCUCCACCUGCAAUGGACCCAUCCAAGAUUAUAGAGUAUGAAGGCUUCACAGUGCCCUUGUCAGCAGAGAAAGUCGAUGAGUGCCAUUACUUGCAAAUGCCACCAAUACAGCCCCAUCAACUGAAGAAGCAUAUAGAGGAAGUCAUGGGAAGAAACAAAUUAAAACGGCAGUCCCUGGAUCAAUCAGAUCAAGGUGGCAAAAGACAGAGAAUGGCAUCCACUAGUGAAGACAUGGACUUGGAUUCAGACUAUGCGGUCACUCCAGUGAGGAAGAUGUCUGGCUCGUUCACCUCACCCCCACCUCUGCCAGUGGACACCCCACCUUGUAACCCUCCGCUGCCUGACGGGACACCCCCGCCCACUCCACCUGUCACUCAGGGGCGUGCGCUUAAUUUCACUAGCACUGGUCGCACGUCACGAUCUGCGUCUGUCAGGAGUUCCAUGGAUCGACAGAGCAGCAGCGGAGAGGUCGGGGGUUCAGACGUGCCGUCAGAGUCGUUGGAAGAUCUGGAGAAUCAGUACAAGGUGUUGAUGGAACAGCUGGCAACCGAAGAGGGGGAAGAUUCGGAUGUUGUGGUGAUGGACAGCUACAACAACGACGACAGCAACAGUGCUCAUGAGAAAGAGACGGAAGAAGGGGAGAUAAGUCAGGACGACAGUCAGACCAGUGAAGGGACACAGGUGUUGACUGACGAUGGAGAAGUCUCCUCGAGUUCGGUACCCAACCCUGAUCUUGUGUGUCAAGUUUUGAACCCAAUUAUGAAGCCGAGCGUCUCAGUGUCAAGAAAUUAUGGCACGCCUAUUCACAAAGCUUCUGCUUUCUCCAGCCUUCCUGACCCAGAAAAGUUUGGCUCUGGCAUAACAGAUCACAUCCCGUUUGAAAAUUUGCCAGAUGCGACAGGAACAUUUGAAAAGCUUAAGGGGUUGCUAGGUAAAAUUAGAGACAAGAAGAAAACCAAAAAGACCAGCUGAUAACAAGUGAACUGUUGUGUGAAUUAACCACCUGAUCUUCAGUCCUCAUUGACUCAUGUUUAUUCAUGACCUGAUUGACAGUGAACAAAAUGACAUAUAUGACAUGUUCAUAUUCAUUCACAGUUUUAGUGAUUGGUAGGUAUGGUCGGUGAAAAUCUGGUUUAAUGCAGAAAGAUUUUUAAAGUCUUCUUUGUUCACACCUGGGCUUCAUCCCACCUUAACAUGCGUUCAUUUCCCAGUUCCCUUUCAUAUAUAAGGUAAAUGUAGCAGCUAGUACUGGCUUUCGUUUUUCAGUCUGUGAAAAAAGAAAUUAUAUAUAUGGGAAUCAGUAAAAAGCAGUGUUUGUCAGCGUUCAGAAUAAGUACACUACAGUCUUCUCAAAAUGACCUCUAUCAUGUCAUGGUAUUUUUCACCAACUAAUCACCCUGCCAUGCAAACCUUAGUACAAAAGGGAGAUCAGUUGUUACAAAAUGUUGAGAGGAUAUAUGUGAUUUGAGUAAAUCACGUCAAAUUUCAUGUGGUUUUGCACAAAUUUUAUAGUAUUGCAGGAUGGUUGGUUGGUGACAAAUUUCGUGAAAUUCUGGGUGAUUUAUUAAGGAGUUGUGAGGUUUCGUGGUGAUAAGGAUGAUUGUGUCUCCAGAUUUUUGUGUUCAGAAUGUUGAUAUUAUUAAUGUGAUGUUCAUGGUCGUCAUUUGGGGAGUUGUGGAACUGUCCAGUCUGGCAAAAAUGUGACUCGUAGCUUUAUAAAAGGUGUUGGGAAGAAAUGGCUGCAACAGGCUGUGGUUGAGUGGUUAAGGUGUUUGCAUUUCUAUCGCUGGGUCACACAAGACAUGGGUUCAAUCCCAGCAUCGGACAUGGUAUUUUUGUAAGUUUACCUGUUUCCAUUGUUUGCAGCUCAUUUGUGGCAAUAAGCAGAUGUGAUUCUGUCUCGUCUGGUCUUACAUGCAAUUAGCUGAAGACCACUUGCCUUCCACCAAUAGGAUGUUUGUCACAUGUGGUAAAGUUUCCCAAUUCAUGACGUUAGCUGAAGACCACUUGCCUUUCACCAAGAGGAUGUUUGUCACAUGUGGUAGAGUUCCCCAGUACAUGCAAUUAGCUGAAGACCGCUUGCCUUCCACCAGUAGGAUAUUUUUCACAUGUGGUAGAGUUUGACAGCAGCUUGUCAAGGGUCCAGUGGUUGACACAUGUGGUAGAGUUUGGCAGGAAGUGUCCAGUGGUUGACACAUGUGGUUGAGUUUGGCAGGAAAUGUCCAGUGGUUGACACAUGUGGUAGAGUUUGGCAGGAAAUGUCCAGUGGUUGACACACGUGGUAGAGUUUGGCAGGAAGUGUCCAGUGGCUGACACAUGUGGUAGAGUUUGGCAGCAGCUUGUCAAGUGUCCAGUGGUUGACCACUGGCCACAGUGGAAUAAAGUGAAAUCUUUUUGAUUAUGGGAUUAAAUAACUGUUUAAAUAUAAUUUUAGAUUGUUUAAGCGACACCAAUUUUAAUUUGACAAGCCGAUACUAAAAUAUCCAAAUAAAGGAAAAUCAAAUAAAACUGAAAAAACUUUUUAUUUUGUCCGAUCUUGAUGUUUUUAUGAUUUUCCUUUUUUCCAAACUUACCAAUCACGUAAAUGUGUCUUCAGGAGGGAAAAAUUGUUGAGACGAUCCAGACUUGGCACAUUAGAUUAAGUUUUAUUUUUAUAUCCUCCCAGAAUAUUGAUAAAAGAUUGAUUCUGCCUGUAAGACAAUAAUUUAAAUUGAUGUGGCCUUAUGCGGAUAUACACGGUGACCCAAACUAAGAGUGUUGUGUGGUGUUAUGAUCUGUACUAAUAAGGGAAAAUAACUUAGCCCCCUGUCACACCAGUAAUGAAGAAUUGCAAAUGUAGGCAAGGCAGUCAUUAAAAAGUCGCUCAUUGGUGGUGACACAACCCACAAAAAUGGGUUUUGCUCUACACUGGGAUUAGGAUGAAAAACUGUUAAUAGUACGGGAACUUUCACGUGGAAAAGUUGUUCAGGUACGUGCAGCUCAGCAGAGGUUGUAUAAAUGAAAAUUUCAUGAUUAUGUCAUUAAACACCUGUACAUUAAUGGAUAUCGUAUUCCAUGUAGAACAUAAAAAUAUAUUUUCUGGCUAGCCCCCAUCUUGGUUUGCCGACUUUUCUGAAAAAACUUAGAGAGAUACUUUGGUGUCAAAACAUCUGUCUUAAAAGCAAGGUGAAUUGAUAAAGGCUGGGAUAGUCUGAACUGCUUUCCUAAAUUGUGAAAAUAUUCCAGUGAAUUAAAACGGAUAUUGUACGUUGCAUCAGAGUAUAUGGAAACAGAAUAUUUCUGUCCCUUCCACUUUGCCUGGUGUAAUGUCACCCAUGAACACAUGACGUCAUCAAUCGCUGACAUAUAUCCACCAAUGAUGCUGCCCUUUCAAAUGCUCUUGACGUCAUCCAAGCAUAAAGACCUUACUCAACGUCACAUCUGCCUGAUUCGACGUCAUACAGGGAAUAUUAUCACAUCACAUCAGGAAAAUUUUACGGACACAGCGAAGAUUUUGUUUCUCAAGGAAUCUUCAGAUAUAUGGGUUAAAUAGUUUUAUUCAUCAAAAUCCUAUUGAAACAUACUGUUAGGCUUACUCCAUGGGAUUUCAUUCAUAUCAUUGUAAUAUUUCUACGCAAUUUGUAUUCUGACCAGAGUGGCACUUUAACAAUUUUUCAGCCGUAUUAACAUGACACGCUGUACACAUGAUUGUAUUGAUUUUUGCUGCACACAUGUCCAUUGUAUACUUCUAACAUUCUCCUUCAGGCGAUAUUAAAUUUAAUUGUGUUUUAUAAAAAGCUCGGAUAGUGAUCAACACAGCCAGUGUAUAGUUUAACCUGCACAGUUAAAUUUUAUUUGCCCAUAAAUUUCACUCAGUGUUGACAUUUUACAUACCGGUUCCAGCAUUUGGUUAUUAAAUUUCUGUGGUGAUGUAUAUUUUUUUUCUUGAGAAUAUAUUGAAAUGUUAAUCUUGAAAAUGGCUUAGAACAGAUUUGCUUGAUUAUGACAGAGCUGACAGGAGAACUGGUGCUUAAGCACAUGAUUAGCUGUAUGGUAUCUACUCCAGUCAAUAAUCCUGUGAGAGACAACACCUUCUAGUUCGCGACCAAGUAAUGUAUGUCUUUGUAGCUUGCUCAUUCUCACGCAUCUUUAUAGGUGUGUGGUGUGACAGCUGUGAUGUGGGCUGGGAUAGUCGGAGGGGACAUUAAUAUAGCAGAGUCAGGUGGUUGUAUCUGUAUAGGUGUAUAUGGGGCUGGUACCUUACUGACCAGGAUCAGUGGUUCACCCUAGGCUCUCCAGUGUCCUUCACCCAUGAACUCGAUCGCUGUAUAUACAUUAAUAAAUUACCUAAAGUUUCAGCCAUGACAAAAUUGUAAAGUUUUACCUGAUUCUGAGGAUUCUUUGGAACCUACAAAGGUGUUUCUGGGUCUGUUAGUGAGAUAGGAUGAAAUCCUUCUGGAAAAUGUGAGUUUUAGCAACAAAUGUAAUAUUUUAUGACAUUUAUUUGCCUUUGAAUUGUAGUUUUUGGGUCAAAAUGUUUUGGUCAUUUACGUUAUGUGGAAGUCUUAAGUAGGCCUGCAGAAUUUAAAGCAACAAUUAAACUAAUAUGUAAAUGAACACUACCUGGGUAAACAUAGGUCUGUCUUUUGUUGUCCAGUGAAUAACAAAAAUGUUGUGGUCAGCUAUGAAAGUGCAAUAGGUAAAAUUGAAAUUUCAUGAGAAAUAGUUUCUUGUUUAAAUCUAAGGGGAUAAAAAAUUGUCUUACCUCUGUAAUGCAUGACAUUACAUUUUGUUUCCAGGGGAAAAUGAUAUCGGGUUGAAGUACCGCCAUAAUAUAUAUUUAUAUCCCUAUCUUCCUGGUGUACCUGAAAUUUAACAGGAUUCAGACGGAAUCCUGUACCUGAAAAAUCCGGCCGGGUUUUAGAGUUUGCCAAAGGUGAAGCGGGUCUCAAACAAAGCUAGUUUCGACUAGCGCUCUAGUGAGAGCAAUGUCACAGGCUCAGAUCCAGCUGUAUAUUCAUGUUUGUAGUACAUGCACAUGUUAAAUUUAAAGCCGUCCCAUGUUUUCAUGUACAUGUUCCAUUGCAUUGGGAACAGUGGUGAAUGGUUGUAGUGCAAGUUUGAAGCUGUUUUACAAACUAAUCUUUGUGUACGUGCGUAUAAAGGACGGCUAAGUGGAAACAGCUAUCCAAACCAGGUUCUCUGGUUCUCUCAGCAAGUUUGUAUGGUAAUUUCUGAGCAAAUUUUGUCUGGGAAUUUCUCAGCGAGCAAAUUUUGUCUGGUAAUUUCUCAGCGAGCAGAUUUUGUCUGGUAAUUUUUCAGCAAAUGUCACUUGGUAGAUUGUCAUCAAACUAUGUCUGGUACAUUAACAUUGUCAGCCGGUUUUGUCUGCUAAUUUGACAAGAAAAUUUGCCUGGUAAGUUGUCGGCAAACUGUGCCUAGUAAGGGGGCCAUGCGUUUGAAUAGUAAGUUGUCAGCAAACAAUGUCUAGUAAUUUCUCAGUAUUAAACUAUGUCUGGUAAUUUGCCAGCGAGCAAAUUUCGUCUGGUAAUUUGUCAACGAGCAAAUUUUGUGUGGUAAUUUCUUGGCAAAUUUUCAUAAUUUGACAGCGAGGUUUCUCUGGUGAUUUAUCAGCAAAUUUUUCUGUUAAUUUCUUGGCAAUAUUUGUCAGCUCUGGU